AUGCGGAGCGGUGGCGCCGGGAGCAGCCAGCCUAGCGGGGCAGCGGAGAAAAGGGCUCCCGGAGCGGAGGCGACGGCCCCCGAGGGGCUGGCCAAGCCCCCUUACUCCUACAUCGCGCUGAUCACCAUGGCCAUCCUGCAGAGUCCGCAGCAGCAGCUGCCCCUCAGCGGCAUCUGCGCCUUCAUCCGCGGCCGCUUCGCCUACUACGGCCGGCGCUUCCCCGCCUGGCAGAACUCCAUCCGCCACAACCUCUCGCUCAACGACUGCUUCGUCAAAGUGCCUCGGCAGCCCGGCAGCCCUGGCAAAGGCCACUUGUGGCGCCUCCACCCGGCCUCGCAGGGCAUGUUUCACAAUGGCAGCUUCCUCCGGCGCAGGCAGCGCUUCAAGCGGCCCGCGCCCCCCUCCUCCGCCGGGAUCCUGCUCUUCCCACCUUCCUCUGGUCCCUUACUGCCUCCGGCGUGCAAACCCCAAGGAGGGGCUCGUAAAAUUACUGAUUUUAAAGAGCCAUUAUAG